UCUUUCCAAGCUGAUUGGGUUCAUAUUGCAAUAGAGUCAAUAAUUUGACUUGACCUGAACCACCAACUUUAUGAUGACUACAGAUUCACAUUAUUUAAAAGGAUUCGCUUGUGUUCAAAGCUUUCUCUGUAUGAUUGAUGAUACAUGCACUGCACAAAGAAAUUAAAGGAACCUUUGUUUCUUGUACUCCAAUUUGCCUGCUGAAGAGAUAAAGAUUAAAGAGAAGAUGAACAUCAUCAAAGGUACCGGUGAUAACAAGGACGAAGAUGUUCCUCUUCCAGGUUUUCGAUUUCAUCCAACAGAUGAAGAGCUGGUGGGGUUUUAUCUUCGACGAAAAGUUGACAAAAAACCCCUCAGAAUCGAGCUCAUCAAACAGAUUGAUAUCUACAAAUAUGAUCCCUGGGAUCUCCCAAAACCUAGCAUUGCGGGAGAGAUUGAAUCAUAUUUCUUCUGCAGAAGAGGAAGAAAGUACAGAAACAGCAUUAGACCAAACAGAGUAACGGGAUCUGGAUUUUGGAAAGCAACCGGCAUUGACAAGCCUGUUUAUUCACUUGGAGGAGACCCCCCUGCCUGCAUUGGGCUAAAGAAAACAUUAGUAUACUACGUCGGAAGUUCUGGCAAAGGAACCAAAACGGAUUGGAUGAUGCAUGAAUUUCGCCUUCCGACCGGAAAUGAAAGUAACACUAGCACUAGCCUUUCCAACCCCACAUCUACUGCACAAGAAGCUGAAGUAUGGACUAUUUGUCGAAUUUUCAAGCGGAACGUAUCACACAAAAAAUACACACCAAAUUGGAGAGAACUCGCAGCUAAACGUCCUUCAACAGGCACACCUAGCUCUCAAAACUGCAGCGUAGAAUCCAACAGUCAUGAAAAUUACAUUACUUUCGGCUCUCAAAUUGUUCAAAAUUAUGAUGAGAAGCCAUUUGUGAAUCAUAUGAUGAAUGGAAGCAGAAGCCAAUGGCAUGCAGAGCAAUCGUGGAGCAUAGCUCAACCUUCAUCUAUGGCAUCAUCUUCAAGCUUUUCAAACGGCCGAGAAAAUGAUUUCUUCACACAUGCGAACUGGGAUGAGCUAAAAUCAGUCGUAGAGUUUGCUCUUGAUCCUUUUCUUAUGUAAACUAGGUUAAUUUCCUGCUCUUCGCUUUUGCCACUUAUAUAAUAUUUUGUUAAUAGAAAUUUUGAUAGAAAUUUACAUAUGAUGCAAUAGUUUAAGAUUACUACCAAUCUUGAAAAAUUAAAAGUUUUUAAUUAGGGAUAACAAUGGAUUGGAUCGUGAUAAAUUUUUGUUUGAUCGGAAUGCAAUCCGAUUUUUAAUAUUUAUAUCUAAACUCGAUCUGAUUUGAUAUUAAAGUAUUAUUGUUUCAUA